AUGGAGCUUGCAGGACUGGAAGCUGCCCUGGGUGAGUCGAUGAACGGUCAUAAAACAGCCACCAAAGACAAAAAAAAAAAAAAAAAACUCGAGGGAGUUGGAGGUAAAGCUGAGACGCGCGUCGUGAGCUUCGGCAGCUGCCCGCGAGUCAGAGGGCCCAUCAGCGUACAAAGUACUAGACGCAGCCAAAGAGCAGUAACUUCUGAAGAUCAAGGCCAAGAAAGGACAGAAAUUCUGAAUCCUAAAGCAAAAAUGGCUAACAAAGAAAAUGUAAAUCGACUUCCAGGGAGCAAAAAUAAUACAAUUGUGGGGAAAAAGUAUAUUCCUUUAAAAGCUUCUAAUGAAUUAACCAAUUCAACUGUAAUAAUUGACACACAUAAAUGUGAGGAUAAUAAUAAAAUUCUGCGGUUGUUACCAAAUGAUGAUAAUCUCCAAAGUCAACGUAUGACACUGAGCCAGGUAUUUCACCUUAAAAACAAUAGUAAAAAGAAACAGAUAACAGAAAAACCAAAGCAAGAUGCUAAUAUGCCCAAGAAACUUGUACUCGGAUCUUAUCGUGGCCAAAUUGUUCAGUCUAAGGUUAAUUCAUUUAGAAAACCUCUACAAGUCAAAGAUGAGAGUUCUGCGGCAACAAAGAAACUUCCAAGUAUUCCUAAAGCCACAAAGCCUCAGCCUACAAACAGCAGUGUAACAGUGAAAAGUGAUAGAGGCUCAAAUAUUACUGCUCCCACUAAGUCUGUAAGCACUACGUCUCAGAACACACAACUUGUGCGACCCCCUAUUAGAAGUCACCAUGACAAUACCCAGGGCACCAGGAAACAAGCCUUCAGUAGAACCUCUGGCAACAUUACAACCCGGAAAGGACCUUGCGAAAAAGAAUUAUUACAGUCCAAACCAAUUUUGUCUAAUAUCAAAACCAGUUCUUCUCAGGACAUCAAAAGAAACGGGGCCCUGUCUAGAAACACAGCAUCUGAAACUAUAGACAGACCUGCUUUCUCUUCUAAUUCCAAACUGAUAGAAAAGCCAAAAUCCACUCACCAGCGAAGAUACACUACAGCAAACACAACUGUGGAUAACAGAUCAUCUCGACCCAAAGAAACAUCAGAAGAGAGAAAAGCUCGUCUGAGUGAGUGGAAAGCUGGCGAAGGAAGAGUGCUGAAAACCCCUAAUGCAGUGGUUACUCACCACUGCGAGCCUGAAGGACAAAAUGAAAAGCCAGUUGGAUCUUUCUGGACCACCAUGGUAGAAGAAGAUGAACAAAGAUUAUUUACUGAUAAAGUAAACAGCACAUUUUCUGAAUGCCUCAACCUGAUUGAUAAGGGAUGUCCAAAAGAAGAAAUACUAGUCACACUGAAUGACCUGAUUACAAAAAUUCCAGAUGCCACAAAACUUGUUAAAUAUUGGAUAUGUCUUGCACGCAUUGAACCAAUCACAAGUCCUAUUGAAAAUAUUAUUGCAAUCUAUGAGAAGGCCAUUCUGUCAGGGGCUCAGCCUAUUGAAGAGCUGCAACCCAUAAUUGUAGAUAUUCUAACAAUGAAGAGUCAAGAAAAAGUUAAACUCGUGGGAAAAAGGUGCAAUUUGACAAAACAGAUUUAAUAUUUAAAGAGCUGAAAUUUUUAACACCAGUGAGACGUUCUCGGCGUCUUCAAGAAAAGGCUUCUAAAUUGCCAGAAAUGUUAAAAGACUGUUAUCCUUGUGUAUCUUCGUUGGAACAGUUAACAGCGUUGGAAAGUGAAACUGAUGCUUUUGUUUGCCGCCCUAACGUAGCAGUGUGUGGGAUGUAGUCCGAGACUGAAACAACAGAAAAAAAAUAAAGGUCUGAUAAGGAAUAGG